CUUACUUACCUGUGGCAGUAAAUGAUAAAAAGAAAAAGAAAAAAAGAAAAAUAGGAAUAAGGUUUGAGCGUACACUCCUUUUGUCCAUUUAAAGCUAGGUGUCAAGAAUCAUCAUACUAGAAUUUUAUAAAGUGACCUACAAUGGAAACACGGAGCCACCAGGCUCCCUUCUGUGAUCGCCUUUCUGCUGCAGUGAUUCAAGAGGGAAAAAAAGAUACUUUGCUGGAUCUAAAUCUCCCUGGUGAUGAUUCUGCUUCUGGGUGCACUCCAGCGCUGAAUCUCAUCACUUGUCUGGACAUGGAUUUGUCGUCCGAAAACCCUCAUGAGCCAAGGGUCUUCUCUUGCAACUACUGUCAGAGGAAGUUCUACAGUUCACAGGCACUCGGUGGACACCAGAAUGCUCACAAGAGAGAAAGGUCCAUAGCCAAGAAAAGUCACAGAGCAGUAUCAUCCAUGGUGGCCGCCCCAGGAACAGCUUAUGGAAUUCCCUUCCUCCACAAUCACCUUCCUCACCUUCCUCACUAUCACACUGUGCCUUCUCUGCCUCUCCAUGCGGUUUGUGGUAACAAACCAUUUGGAAUUCGGACUCACUGCAUGAUUCACAGGCCUCCUCCUCUCCUUGUUCCUCCUCCUCCUCAUUUCUCAUUCAAUGCUUUUGGACAUCCUCGUGGCUGGCCAAGACCCCUUAUUACUCAACAACCUGCGAUAGGGAGGUUAACUGUGGAAAGUUGUCGCAAAACAUCACGAGACAACAACGGUGGCAGAUUAGAACUCAACAAUUCAGCAGGUAAUGAAGAAAUAAGUGAACAUCUGGCUGGUGAAAACACUGGUUUGAAGACUGGUCAAGAGAAGAAGAAGCACCUUGACUUGUCCCUAAAGCUCUAAGCAUCAUGGGAGUUAGUACUUAAUCACUAGGUUAAUGUUUCGUCAAAUUUAUUGUUUAACAGCUUCCAAUAAGGUAGUGUUGUAAAUUUGUUCAUGAGAGGAUCAAGUUCUUUCAUGUUUGUUAGAGGUUAGUAGGUUUAAUUCUGUGUUUUAAUUUGAAUAAUAGGCAGUUUCUUCUCAGAUGUAUGCUAGAAUCUGCUACGGUUGGUUUCAACUUGAAAAUCAAAACCGCUGUGGUAAAGUCAUUCUCAAAUUGAAAUCAAUCAAAUAUCUGAAUUGAUGUGAGCAAGAAGUCAAUUCCCACCGUCUUCGCAGUUGAUUUAUCGAUCUCGAAUGAGAAUUCUGACAAACUGAACACAUU